AUCGAUAUCUCUGCAAUAGACUGCCCUACCCUGCGCCGCCGCCGUCAAAACGCCGCAGCCUUUUCUGUCGAUCGCCGAGCGGUGAUUUCGGCAGCGCUGUUUGAUUCGCAAGCUUUGAGGGAGCUCACAAGCGAGGUCCGCGCCGGAACUAUGUUUCGCAACCAGUAUGACAAUGAUGUCACUGUUUGGAGUCCUCAGGGGAGGAUUCAUCAAAUUGAGUAUGCAAUGGAAGCUGUUAAACAGGGUUCAGCCACAGUUGGUCUGAAAUCAAAAACCCAUGCAGUGUUGGUUGCACUGAAGAGGGCACAGUCAGAGCUUGCAGCUCAUCAGAAAAAAAUUCUUCAUGUUGAUAACCAUAUUGGUAUCUCAAUUGCUGGGCUUACUGCUGAUGCUAGACUGUUAUGUAAUUUUAUGCGCCAGGAGUGUCUGGAUUCUAGAUUUGUAUUUGACAGACCACUUCCUGUGUCUCGGCUUGUAUCUCUAAUUGGAAGCAAGACCCAGAUACCAACACAGCGGUAUGGCCGGAGACCCUACGGUGUUGGGUUGCUUAUUGCUGGAUAUGAUGAUAUGGGCCCUCAUAUUUUCCAGACCUGUCCAUCUGCUAAUUAUUUUGACUGCAGAGCUAUGUCCAUUGGAGCCCGUUCUCAAUCAGCUCGUACUUACUUAGAGAGACAUAUGUCUGAGUUUAUGGAGUGCAACUUAAAUGAACUGGUUAAACAUGGUCUUCGUGCCUUAAGAGAGACACUUCCUGCAGAGCAGGACCUAACUACAAAGAAUGUUUCCAUUGGAAUUGUUGGUAAAGACUUGGAGUUUACAAUCUAUGAUGACGAUGAUGUAUCUCCAUUCCUGGAAGGUCUUGAAGAACGACCUCAGAGGAAGGCACAGCCUGCACAACCUGCUGAUGAACCUGCAGAAAAGGCUGAUGAACCAAUGGAACAUUAAGUGAUAAACUUAACUAUAUGUGUAUUAUUGAAUAUUUGAGAAUGCAGAAACACAUACUGAUGACAGUAAUCUAUACUUUGAACCAAAAGAUGCAAUGGUGGAAUGGUAUAAGUCCAAAUACUGAUUUUAGGAAUCAGUCCAAAUGUGUUUUUUCCAAAUAACUUCCCCGAACCAUAUAAUGGGGUACAUUUUUCUUUGAGAGGGUCUAUAUAAUCAUUUUCUAGAAAGUAUAGGUAUACCAGUGUUUUUAUAUAAAGAAAAUAGUGUCUUUGGGGUUUUAAAGACAACUGUGAAAUAAAAUUGUUUCACCUCCUGGUG